ACUGAAUUUCUUUUUCCUGAUUCUACAGGUUUUCUUUAGAACGUCAGACUUGGGAUAAGCUCUUGCAGCACUAUCAGCAGGAGGCUGAAGAGAUAUUGUCCAGAGGAUCAACUGAGGCCAAAAUUACUGAGGUCAAAGUGGAACCUAUGACAUAUCUUGGGUCUUCCCAGAAUGAAGUUCUUAAUACAAAGCCUGACUACCAGAAAAUAUUACAGAACCAGAGCAAAGUCUUUGAUUGUAUGGAGUUGGUGGUGGAUGAGCUGCAAGGAUCCGUGAAACAGCUGCAGGCCUUUAUGGAUGAAAGUACCAAGUGCUUCCAGAAGGUGUCAGUACAGCUUGGGAAGAGAAGCAUGCAACAAUUAGAUCCCUCACCAGCUCGAAAACUGCUCAAGCUUCAGCUACAGAACCCACCUGCCACACGUGGAUCUGGAUCUUGUCAGUGACCUUAUGAGCUUUUCUGCCACAAGGCACCCGAGAGGAGAGGAAUGGGAAGAGUGCCCCAGAACGUGGUGACUAUGUGAUUUCUGCCCUGUUGCCUUUGAAGAUAACUGGCAGGACUGACUGUAGAGCACUUUGACUUUUUUCAAAAAGUGAUGGAAUGUAUGCAUCCAAAUGAACAUUGCAUAGACAUUUUUCACAGGAAUGUGCAAAAUGCUUGAAACCUUAAACUUCUUUUUUGAAAUGAUCUUCAGAUCCAGUGGCUCAUUCUUUUAUCCUUAUCCUGUGAAGAUGUUUUUCAGGUUUUGAAACAAUCUAAAAGUCAUUUAGGGCAAAGUCUAAGGAAACAUUUUAGUGGCCAAGUUAGAUUCUGGUUGUAAAGGAAUGAUACUAAUUUUCUAGUAUAGCUCUGAAGGUGAUUUUAGGUAGAAGAGUUUUGAGGCUGGGUGCAAUGGCUCACAUCUGUAAUCCUAGCACUUUGGGAGGCUGAGGCGGGUGGAUUGCUUGAGCCCAGGAGUUUAAGACCAGUCUGAGAAAUAAGGUGAAACCCUGUCUACAAAAAUAUAAAAAGCUGGGUGUGGUGACAUGUGCCUAUAGUGCUGGCUACGCAAAAGGCUGAGGUGAGAGGAUUGCUUGAGCCCAGGAGGUUGAGGCUGCAGUGAGCCCUGAUUGCACCACUGCACUCCAGCUUGAGUGACAGAGUUAAACCCUGUCUU